AUGGUGGCGGUUGGGGUUGGCCUGACCAUAGCAGCAGCUGGAUUUGCAGGUCGCUAUGCACUAAAAGCUAUGAAACAAAUGGAGCCACAAGUAAAACAAGCACUUCAGAACCUACCAAAACCUGACUUCAGUGGUUAUUACAGAGGUGGAUUUGAACCUAAAAUGACUAAACGAGAGGCAGCUUUAAUACUAGGAGUGAGCCCUACAGCAAACAGAAGUAAAAUCAGAGAAGCUCAUAGACGAAUCAUGCUUCUGAAUCAUCCAGAUAAAGGUGGUUCUCCAUAUGUAGCAGCCAAAAUCAAUGAAGCUAAAGAUUUACUGGAAGACCAAGCUAAAAAAUGA